CGUAAGCGAUGGCAAGAACCAAGCAGACCGCGCGUAAAUCCACCGGCGGUAAGGCGCCUAGGAAGCAGCUCGCCACUAAAGCUGCUCGUAAGAGCGCGCCGGCUACCGGCGGCGUGAAGAAGCCUCACCGUUACAGGCCCGGCACUGUGGCUCUGAGGGAGAUUCGCCGUUACCAGAAGUCUACCGAGCUGCUCAUCCGUAAACUGCCGUUCCAGCGCCUGGUGAGAGAAAUCGCUCAGGACUUUAAGACCGACCUGCGCUUUCAGAGCUCGGCUGUCAUGGCCCUGCAGGAGGCGAGCGAGGCCUAUCUGGUCGGUCUGUUCGAAGACACCAACCUAGCUUUGUGUGUCACGAUGUCAGGAAGAGGCAAGGGCGGGAAAGGACUCGGGAAGGGAGGCGCUAAGCGUCAUCGUAAGGUUCUCCGCGAUAACAUCCAGGGAAUCACCAAGCCUGCUAUUCGCCGUCUGGCGCGCCGUGGCGGAGUGAAGCGUAUUUCCGGCCUGAUCUACGAGGAGACUCGCGGUGUGCUCAAGGUGUUUCUGGAGAACGUCAUUCGCGACGCCGUCACCUACACCGAGCAUGCUAAGAGAAAGACCGUCACCGCCAUGGAUGUGGUGUACGCCCUGAAACGCCAGGGACGCACCCUGUACGGCUUCGGCGGUUAA